CACAGUUGACUUUAAAUAUUGCACUUUGAAACCAUCGUCUUAACGCAUUACAAUUUGGACUUCGCUGUGGUACUUAGCUUAUUAUAAUAAAUUUGAAAGAUGUCUUUUGUAACAAAAGGUGUUUUUAUUGUUGCUGCAAAGCGUACUCCAUUUGGCACAAUGGGUGGUGUAUUCACUAAUAAAAGUGCAACUGAUUUAGCAAUUGUUGCCACAACUUCUGCUUUGCAGUCUGCAGGAUUGAAGCCUGAAAAAGUAGAUAAUAUUAUUUUUGGUCAUGUUUUAGCUUUGUCAGCAUCUGAUGGAGGCUUCCUAGCCCGUCAUGUUGCAUUAAAGUCUGGAAUUCCAAUAGAAAAACCAGCCUGUUCAAUAAAUAGAUUAUGUGGCUCAGGAUUUCAAUCAAUAGUUAGUGGUGCACAGAGUAUUAUGACUGGAGAAUCUAAAAUAGUUUUAGCAGGAGGUGCAGAAAAUAUGAGUCAAUCUCCUUUUGUUGUAAGAAAUAUCCGUUUUGGUACAACUUUAGGACAAAAAUAUGAAUUUGAGGAUUCUUUAUGGCAAGGAUUACUAGAUACUUAUUGCAAUUUACCUAUGGGUAUGACAGCAGAAAAGCUUGGAUCUCAGUAUGGUAUAAAAAGGCAAGAGGUAGAUGAAUUUGCUUUAAGGAGUCAACAACUAUGGAAGGCUGGUAAUGAUGCUGGUCAUUUCAAAGAAGAACUAGCACCUGUAACAGUGACUGUAAAAAGACAAGAGGUAGUUGUUAAUACAGAUGAACAUCCUCGUCCUCAAACAACUGCACAGAGUUUAGCUAAAUUACCUCCUGUUUUUAAAAAAGAUGGUUUGGUUACAGCAGGAUCUGCAUCUGGUAUUUGUGAUGGUGCAGGAGCUGUUAUUUUAGCUAGCGAAGAAGCAGUUAAAACUGAAGGUCUUAAACCAUUGGCACGUUUAGUAGGUUGCUGUGCUGUGGGUGUAGAUCCCAGUAUUAUGGGAAUUGGUCCAGCUCCAGCUAUCAAACAGCUUCUUAAAGUUACAAAUAAAACAAUGAACGAUAUCGAACUUGUUGAAAUUAAUGAAGCAUUUGGAGCUCAAACAUUAGCAUGUGCUAAGGAGUUAGAUUUGAAUAUCAAUAAGUUAAACGUAAAUGGUGGAGCUAUUGCUGUUGGACAUCCAUUAGCCGCAUCUGGUAGUAGAAUUACUGCGCAUUUGGUACAUGAAUUGAGAAGACGUAAUAGCGGAAAGUUUGGAAUUGGUUCUGCCUGCAUUGGUGGAGGUCAAGGAAUAGCAAUAAUGGUGGAAGCCCUUUAAUGUAUGCGAUUGUAAAAUCAUGAUGCAAGAUAUGAAUUCUACAUACAUAUCCUCAAAGUCAAUGGAUGUCGAGAGAUAUAUGAAUUACGAAAUGUGAUCACUUUUAUAUUUUUUAUAUAUUGCAUACAAUGUGAAGAGAACAAUAUAAAAAAGUUAUAUAUCUAUAUUUGUACGUUAAUAUAGACUUUUAUUAUGCUGCAUACAAUAUUUUUAUAUUAUCAAGAAUAUAAUACCUUUAUUGAAAUUUA